GAUUGGGACAAAAGCCCAAUGCCCUGUUAUGACUUGCCUGAGAAAGUUGAGAGAAAAUAAAAAAAGAGGCAGGUAUAAGGACAAACCACUUCACUACCCUGCAACAGUAACAUCAACAACAUUCACUACCUGACGGAUAUCAGUUGGACUAUUUUAGUGGAUUUUAUUUAUCUUCUUCAGAAGUUGACUGAAGAUUCUCCUAUUGACACGCACUAAAGAUAACAUGGGAUGGAUGAUUUAACAACAAGAAAGAGAAACCACUCAGGAGGAAGCUCCGGGGGAAAGGUUGUGACAGAAACUACAACCUCGACAAGUAGAUUGGUAUCUUUACCUCCAAAAGGUGGCAGUGGAUCAAAAAGUAGUACCCACAGGACUAUGUCCAGCAAUGCUGGAGGCCUGUGGUUGGAAAAGAACAUUUUAACCCAGAACAGCAGUGGAACUAACUUUUCCUCAUCUUCUGUGGGUGUCAAUGCCGGAGGAUCCAGCUCCUCAUCAGGGUUCUACAUGGGGGACUACUCUGAGGGUGGUGGAGAUGGUGGAGGGGGAGGUGGUGGAGGUGGGGGAGGUGGAGGAGGCGGCGGAGGUGUUGGCAGUGGAGGUGGGGGUGGCUCAGGCUAUGGAGGAGUGUAUGGAGGAAGCCCUGGGUCAAAGGUAAAGAGCAGCUCGUCAGGGGGCUCCAGGAGGGCCCAGAGCUCUACCUCGCCUGGGGGUCUCUCCCCUGGCUUCCUGGAAAGGAAGAGUAUGGCCAGUCGCUCAGGAGGCUACGAUGGAAGCUCAAGUGGCAACUCCUCCCCCGAGUUUACACGGAAAGACUAUGCAGGGUCAGGUGCCACUAGAAUAGGGAGGAGCCAGAGCAGAGAGAGUGAAAUCAGAGCUAGACUGCAGAGUGCCUCUCCCAGUGCUGGCAGAUGGACUGAGCUGGAUGAUGUGAAGAGGCUGGUGAAGGGAGGACGCUCCAACAGUGUCAGCCCCACCCGCUCCUCUACCUCCUCCACCCUGCCUGUCCCCAGGAAGGCCACCGUCGAGGCCAAGAUCAUCACUCAGGCCUCCCAGUCAGUCUCUGGGCAGUAUGAGACCACUACCCUGGACUCUGGCCUACCUUCUUCCUACUCCUGGACUAGCUCCACGCUGCCCAUCUCCUCUGCCACUGGCAACAGCAGCAGCCCGUACGGUUACCAUAGCAACACAAACAACAUGUCUCCAGGCUUGGGGUCCUCCCUGCUCAACACCACCUCACCCUCCUCCUUGUCAGUGUAUGGAUUCCAGAAUAACUUGGCGCCCAUGUCCAGUAGUGUCCUCACCACCAGUGGAGUUAACGCACAUUCAGGCACUUUGACAGGAUAUGGAGUGCAGAAGAACAUAUCGAAUGGUGGUGGUCUCGUCAGCACAGGAGUGUCAACCUCUGCAAUGUCCGCUUUGAGGUCUCACACUGAUGACGCAUACAGGAAAGACUUAAAGUACCUUGUGCUGCAGAAGGAGAAUGUUCCAGUCAAGAGAGAUACUGAGGUGCUCACCCUGACUAAAGACAGUGGAAAACACUUCACUAGCAGUGUUCGCAGUGUUGGGGGUUCACUGUCUGGUGAUUCUCUAAAGAAGGAGAAGAUGGUGUCCAGCUAUAGUGAGACUGCACCAGUCCUUCUGAAGUCUGAGUCCAAUUCAUACUAUGGAUCACCCCUAGUGUCAACAAAAGACAAAGCAACAUAUGCAGAGAUCCAAAAAGAGGGGGACUACUACAGUAGCGGAGGACGAGGUGGGGGCUGUUGUGGGUGUGCGGACUCCUGCUGUUCCUGGUGGAAGUGGCUGCUAGGACUGCUCCUGCUCUCCCUGCUGCUCCUGGGCCUGCUCUUCGGACUCAUUGCCCUGGCGGAGGACGUGAGGAAUCUGAAGUCUCGAGUGGCAGCUCUGGAGUCCACUUCCACCGCUGCUCACACCAGCCGCCUGUCAGCCUCCAAUAACGACAUCCACAACCUCCAGUCUGGCACCUACAUGGACCCUGGGGGCGCGGCCCGCUCCGACAACACCCUGAACCUGGAUACCAGCCUGGGCAUGGGGAUGGGCACUGGCACGGGCACUGGCAUCGCCGGGCACACGGACAAUGCUGCCCUCCAGAGGACUAUCCAGCAACUACUGAGAGCUGAGAUGCAGUCUCAGUCAUUCAGAGCCCUUCUUCCCUCUUCAAUGAAAGGGGACAGAGGAGAGGCGGGAACUAAAGGCGAUGCAGGGAAUCAUGGAACUAAAGGUGACAAUGGUUUCCCAGGACUGCCAGGUCUUCCAGGUACCAUUGGUCACCCAGGACACGAAGGACCCAAAGGACAAAAAGGAAGUCAAGGUGACCAUGGAGCUGAGGGGCCACAAGGGCUCAGGGGCCGAGAGGGGCCUGGAGGGCCCAGAGGGGAGCCAGGACCCUCAGGGUUUGGAGAGAAGGGGGAUAAAGGUUCUCCUGGUGAAUCAGGAUCUCUUGGUCCUGCUGGUCCAGUCGGCCCGGCUGGGCCCAAAGGCUCGGGGGGUGUUCCGGGGACUCCUGGUACCCCUGGCCAACCAGGAUCUCAAGGCUUCCGUGGAGAAUCAGGACUACCUGGCCCGAAGGGGGAGAGGGGUCCUGCUGGAUUUCAAGGAAUCAAAGGUGACCAUGGUGAGAAAGGACCUCGUGGUGCCUCAGGUGACCCAGGACUAUCAGGCUUGCCAGGACCAGCCGGAGAGAAAGGACCCAAAGGAUCGGCAGGAACUCCUGGAAUUGAUGGCGACAAAGGCCAAAGAGGUGAUCACGGUCCUACUGGGUUACCAGGGAUCAGAGGUCCAUCUGGGCCUGCAGGGGACUCAGGCCUACCAGGAACCCCUGGGCUUCAAGGGCCACCAGGAAUACCAGGGAACCCUGGACAACCAGGAGCCAAGGGUGAGGCAGGAGAACCAGGAAGAAUCAUCAAUGCAGGGGGAUCCAGUUCUGUGGCCAUCCCCGGCCCCCCAGGAAGCCCCGGACCACCCGGUCAAGCCGGACCCCCAGGGUUAUCAGGCCCCAUUGGCCCUGCUGGUCUUCCUGGCCAGUCUGGUCCUAAAGGUGAGAGAGGGCUGAAGGGUGAGAUGGGUAUUCAGGGACUCCAGGGACUCCAGGGAGAGGCAGGUAUCUCAGUGAAAACCAGUGAAACCGUCAGCUCAUCCAGAGCUGAGAGACAGUUCAGUGCUGCUGCACAACCAGGUCCCCCUGGUCCCCCUGGACCCCCUGGAGCCCCUGGACGUGCAGGUGACUCAAGACCAGGACUCCCAGGACCAGCUGGUCCCCCAGGAGAGCCAGGAUAUGGCAGACCUGGUCCUAGAGGAGAGAAAGGAGAGUCAGGAAGCUUUGUACCCAAUUCAGGAACAUUCUUCUCUGGACCCCCUGGACCUCCCGGGCCAUCUGGGCCAAAAGGAUCACCUGGUACACCAGGACCAAGAGGAUACCAAGGAGAUUCAGGCCAGCCUGGUCUACCAGGGAGCCCAGGAAGACCAGGAGGAGGCUCUGAAAGAGCAUCAUCAUACGGUGGAAUACAGGGGCCACCUGGGCCCCCAGGGACUCCAGGGAAUCCUGGACCAGAGGGACGGAAAGGCGAACCUGGAAUUCCCGGUUCUCCUGGUCUUCCUGGCUCUGCAAGAGGCACUGUGGCGGCCAGCCCAGGGUUCCCAGGUCCUCCUGGUCCACCGGGUCCUCCCGGACACCCAGGCAUUCCAGGCAUAGCCUCCGCUCCUCCUGAUCUGCGUCAGUAUGUCAACGACUAUCUCCAAAUUAAUGCUAGGAGUAUGUCCUCUGGUCUUCCUGGCCCCCGUGGCCUCCCUGGACCCCCAGGAGCCCCUGGAUCCUCUGGAUCCUCUAGUUCUGUAGAGGACAUAUCUUCUCGUGUCAUCGCUUAUCUGCAGCGUUCAGGAUCAGGCUUCGGCGGUGGUGCUCAAGGUCCUCCAGGCCCCCCAGGACCUCCUGGGUCCUCUGGCUCUAGUUCUGGCUCAAUGUCUGUCAACGACCUCAUUGUCAUGCUACAGAGGGAUGAUGUACGGCGAUACGUAAUGGGCCCACCCGGACCUCCAGGCCCAGCAGGACCAGCAGCCAGAGGAGGCAGUACGGCAAACUACGACCCACAGGAAGUGGCUACCUACGUCUUCAGAAUCAUGAACGAGCGCGGGAUCGGUGGUGGGCAGCCUGGACCUCCGGGUGCAACCGGGCCUCCAGGGCUACCUGGCUCCUCCAACGGUGUUACUGACAUCUCCGCACUCCUGCAAAAUUCACAAUUCCGUGCGAUGGUUGGGCGCUCUGCUGGAGCCCCUGGUCUUCCUGGUACACCAGGUAUCCCGGGACCCCCAGGCCCCCCUGGUACCCCAGGAGGGUCAUCUUACAGGAGCUCAGCCUCAGGGGGUUUAAGGAUAGAGGACGUCCAGCAUUACCUCCAAAGUUCUGGGUACAGUGGUCCUCCAGGCCCACCCGGCCCCCCAGGACCUCAGGGGCCCCCAGGGAACUCUCACGGAGUAGUCUCCUAUGGAGAUAGUAGAAACAUCGGAAAUUACCAGCGAGAAAGCAUCCGCACAGAACUCCAGGCGUACCUCAGCAGUGACAGUAUACGGGACUCCUUCAUUGGCCCACCAGGUCCUCCUGGGUCUCAGGGUCCCCGUGGUCACAAAGGAGACCCUGGAGAACCUGGUGGGGUUCAGACUAACCGUCAGAGUUAUGCCCAGAGUGACCCACGUUACUCUUCUGACCUUGAGCGGCGCCAGAGUGACAUUGGGAGGUUGACAGAGCCACUAGACUACUCCAACGUUGCCUUGAGAGUGACAGACUACAUCAAGAACCAGGGCUUACUGCAGGACUUCCUGUCUGAGAGUCACCAGCGAGGAGGCUCCUGGGAGACCCAAGGCCUCCCAGGACCCCCUGGGCCUCCUGGACCUCCCGGGUAUAGCCGUGUCAUUGGGGCUUACGGCAACGUGACUGCUGACCUCAUGGACUUCUUUAGAACCCACGGCACCAUUGUUGGCCCCCCAGGGAAUACUGGACCGAAAGGAGACAGGGGGUACCUCGGACCCAAAGGAGACAGAGGCGAGAUGGGUCGCCCAGGCCCUCCAGGACUGCAGGGGCUACAUGGUCAAGAUGGAUACAGGGGAGAGAAGGGAGAGAAAGGUGCAGGUGAAGUUAGGGUUGGUCGUCGGCGUCGGAGCAUCGGUGUUUAAGGUGUUUUAAGCUUAACCAAAUCUAUCAGAUAAAGCUUUGUUUCUAUUCAGCUCUUCUGCCCUGUGCAUAGUCAAAAUCAUACAUUACGUUAGAAUAUGCCUGCUUGCCUAUUAAAUUACAGUUUCUUUUUUGAGUGUGAAUACAAUGGAUGAUAUGGAAAUGUUUGAAUGGCAGUAAAGCAGAGGUCUCCGACAGGUACUGUAGAUCGCGAGCUAACAGUAGCUCGCAGCCCACCUAUGAGUAGGUCGCCAAGUAAUUCUGAAAGUACGUAGAUUUUUUUUAUGUGUUCCAUUGCAAACUGUCAUAAACAUAAAGCUCCUGGCAACCAUCCAAUCAAAGCCACAUUGACAUUAUCCCACCCCUGGUUAGCCACUAUUGGCUUAAAAAGCUAAAUAUAACACAAUAUCUAGAAAUUAAUUUCAAGCAAUAUUGCACUUCUGUCUGUAUGGUUCACAAAUGUGUCUAUCACUCUGUAUGUAACUUGUUAGCGAUGCUAGUAAUGAUAACCGUCUUGUGGGUACACAGAGACUUUCCCCAAAAACCUUCUGCCUACCUGACAGAAAUAUAUAAUGAUUAUUUGUAUCAUUACUCUGCUAUGACGUGCUGCAGAAGUAGGCCUAAAAUAGACAUUGAUAGACUCACACAUUCCUCUCUUUCUAAAUGCGCAAUUAAAGGGGAAUUACACUCAAAAAUAAAAAUGUAUGUUUUUUUUUCCAGACCUCAAAAUUGGUCGUCUGAUGUGAUUUAAGCAUUGACAUGUACAUGUACAAUUUUUGUUAUUUUUCUAUGAAUAAUUGUAAUAUUAAGAGUAAAAAACAUAAUACAACAAUAGAGUAAUUUUAUGGGGCCCCUUAGAGUUGUUUAUUAACCAUUAUUUUACAAGAAAACACAUAAUGCACAACAAGGACCCGGGGAAGAGAGGUGAAGAGAAGAAUGUGCCUAUUUGAAAGUAAAAAAUAGUUUUGAAGUACGGUAGCUCUCAUGAUAGAAAAGGUUGGAGACCACUGCACUAAAGAAUGUGUUUAACAGUCUGAAGUAGAGUGAUACAUUGGCUGCUGGUCAUGGUUGUGGUUGCACUCUUUGAUAUUCUAGUUAGUAUGUGGGUGUAUCGUGUUUACCUUUCUUAAUAAAGCUCUAGUUGUUUUUCUCAAGGGAACUCAUGGGAAAAUGUACUUUUCAAAAAGAAAGUGGUAGUUAUGGAUCUUAGCUUUAUUGAUAACAUUAAAGUAUUUUUCACCCAAAACUUUUAAGUGUUACUUGGGCACUUUUGAACCACUCAAAACAACAAUUGUCAUUUAUUCUUUAUUUUCAUCAAAACUUCAGAAAACUUAAUUUUCAAUAAAUGUUUAUUCCUUAUCAAGCCAUUUAUUGAAAAUUAUUGGAAUGUAUUUUGUGUGGAGAAAAAAAACUGCACUGAAAUGGACUCUUGUCAUGUUGAUGUUGACCAGCUUUUUGUACCUUGAAGUAAAUUCUACAAAUAACAAUAAAUACUAUUAGUAAGAACAAACAAGAA